AUGCUUCCAGCUAUGAACCGCCUCGCACGCAUCGCGCUAGCCGUGGUUGCUGUGCUCUUCGUCUUUGCUAUAUUGGUCUCGUACCAAGGUCCCGAGAGCUUCAAGGACCAUUUACCAAGCACAGACUGGCAUUGGCCUUCGAAAGGCGAGAAUGCCACUAUUGACGAACCCUCGAAGCCUACAGACGCUGCUGGCGCCGUCGGAGCCGGCGAAGAGGACGCCGAGGAUGCAAAGGACCCUAUCACCGACGUCUCCUACGAUUUGACAAGAGCCCCUACACCCGGCUGCGAGAACCUCGUCAACGACCUUCAGCAGCGCCUCAUCCACGCCUACCAGAAGAGACUUAAGGGAAUUCGCUACGCCAACAUCUGGGGUUACCUCGAGACGGAAAACAAGGGUGAUGCUGCCAUUUGGUCUGCACAGCAGAUUCUGCUGAGCAUCCUUGGUAUCGAGACUAUGGAAGCCUGCCGCUUCAUGUACAAGGAUUGUGACAUUGAAAAGUUCCGCAGAAAGCUUGAGGAGCAUCGCCCUCACUCUGGUAUCAUCAUGGCCGGUGGUGGUAACUUCAACGAUUACUACUGGGAGGACCAACCUUCUCGAAUGAACAUGAUCAAGAACUUCAAGAACGUCUCCAUCCGAGCUUUCCCCCAGAGUAUCUUCAUGACCAAGCCCGACAAGAUCAACCAGACUCGCGAGGCUUUCACCCAACACCACGACUUGCAAUUGGCUGCUCGUGACAAGCCCAGCUACGACUGGCUUAUGGACAACUUUGGUGAGACUGAGGGCAUCCAAAGCGACCUUGUUCCCGAUAUUGCUUUCAUGUGGGGUAACCGCUCCGACUUCCGACACAACACCAAGAAGACUCACGACAUUCUCAUUCUGGCCCGAAAGGACGCCGAGAUUUCCGAAGGUGACUCUGGCAGCAUCGAGUUCGGCGAGGGCAAGAUCGACCUUGGUGGCAGCAUCGGCAACGUGACAUACAACAAGGUGGACUGGAAGUUCACCACGACCCCCGAAAUCGACGACGACGGUGAUCGUGAGGAGGGAAAGAACCAGCGUGCCUGGGCCAAGUCGGUUGCCGGCUUCGAACUCCUCGGAUCCGCCCAUUUCGUUAUCACUGAUCGUCUUCAUGGUCACAUUCUCUCUACUGUUAUCGGCGUGCCUCACGUGUUGAUGGAUAGUAAGUUGGGCAAGAACCUCAACUUCCAUAACACUUGGACGCGCGACUGCGAAUGCACCAAGAUCACCAAGAGCAUUGACUCCGCCUUUGACGUAGCCCGCAUGUACUUCGAGCAAGAAGUCAAGGACGGUCUCAGGGCUGUUGAGGAUAGAGCCGUUGAUUCUGCUGCAACACCCGUGCCUACUCCCAAAGUUGAGGCUGUCGCCGACAGCUCAUCAUGA